AUACUCGUAUGUUGGGAAAAACAAUCUUUUAUAUUUUAGUAUUGGUGAGAAGGGUUUCAGAUUUGGCAUAGGUAGGAUCACAUAUAUCAAUGUGAAUCCAAGGGAUGGUCAAUGUCUAAUGUCAAAUGUCUCAAGGAAUUCUGAGAAGAAUGAAACACCAAGUACUAAGAAGUUAGGUAGCAGUGAAAUACGUGUUUGUAGGGGUAGGGGAACUGAUUUAGAUCGGAGAUUUUUAGUACUUACAAAAGUUACUAGUUGACUUGAACCUUUUAUAGAUGGCUAUUGAUCUGAUAUUUUUUGUAUUAAUUCAAAAAUUAUUAAUGUAAUCUGCUCAAAAAAUACAUGUGAUGGAUUUGUAUCAAGGAGGAUAAGGCAGCAGGAAAAGUGUCAGUGAUUGGCAAUUAAUUGAUAAAUUUCAGAGCCAACUUAGCUAGAAUAUAAGAUAUAGAAUAAGUAAUAAUGGCGAUGGGAAAUGGCAGCACUGUUAAUGGGACAUCGGAGAAAAGGGUGAUGAGUUGUAUCUGCAGCAAACAAGAUUUACUGCCGGAGGAGUCAUUCCAGAGCUGGGGGAAGUAUGCGGAGGCACUUCGGAGCACGAAAACAAGGUUCAAAGAUCGGCUGCUGGCACGAUCCAUGGACAGCCUUGAGCUCCACGAAAUGCGCGCCCGCAGCCAGAAUGAGAUGAAGAGAACCCUCAACUGGUGGGACAUCAUUUGGUUUGGCAUUGGAGCCGUUGUGGGUGCUGGAAUUUUUGUCCUCACCGGCGAGGCUGCCAGCAGCUAUGCUGGUCCUGCAGUUGUGGUCUCCUACUUCAUAUCUGGCGUUUCUGCAUUGCUCUCCGUCUUAUGCUACACCGAGUUCUCCGUUGAACUCCCCGUGGCUGGAGGAUCAUUUGCCUAUCUCAGGGUCGAACUCGGAGACUUUGUUGCCUAUAUUGCUGCCGGAAACAUUCUUUUCGAGUAUAUGGUAGCCGGUGCCAGCGUGGCAAGGUCCUGGACUUCAUACUUUGCCACCCUGUGCAAUCACCAACCCAACGAUUUCCGUUUGAAUGUCUCUGCCCUCGCCGAGAACUACAACCACUUGGACCCAAUCGCAGUGGUGGUCUCCAUUGCAGUCUGUAUCGGUGCAGCCAUGAGCAUAAAGGGAUCGUCUCGCUUCAACUCGGUCACAAGCAUCAUACAUAUCUUUUUGUUGGUCUUCAUACUCAUAGCGGGCCUAACCAAGGCUGACCCUGCUAACAUGGCAACCUUCAUGCCCUUCGGUGUCAAAGGCAUCUUCAAGGCUUCCGCUGUUCUCUUCUUUGCAUAUGUUGGUUUUGAUGGAGUUGCAACCUUGGGGGAGGAGAUAAAGAAGCCCAGCCGGGAUAUUCCCAUUGGCUUGAUUGGUUCCAUGUUGAUUACCAUAACCCUAUAUUGCCUGCUAGCCGCUACUUUGACCUUGAUGCAGCCCUACAACCUUAUUAAUGCCGAUGCACCCUUCACCAUAGCAUUCCAAGCAGCAGGGAUGGACUGGGCAAAGUACAUUGUUGCAAUUGGAGCCCUCAAGGGCAUGACCACUGUUCUGCUGGCUAAUCUCCUCGCCCAAGCUCGCUACUUCACUCAUAUUGCACGCACCCACAUGGCCCCACCCAUUCUGGCAGCCAUCAACCAGAAAACCGGUACCCCCGUGACAGCCACAGUGAUUAUGACCGUAGCAAACUCCAUUGUUGCAUUCUUCACUAGCCUUGAUGUUUUGGCAAACCUGCUAUCCAUAUCCACUCUAUUCAUCUUUUCUCUCGUUGCCAUUGCACUGAUUGUAAGGCGAUACUAUGUUUCAGGGGAGACUUCGAAUUCAGACAGGAACAAACUAAUAUGCUUCAUGGUGCUGAUCAUAGGAUCAUCCAUCAGUUCCGCUGUUUAUUGGGUAAUCUGCAAUGAUGGCUGGAUAGGGUACACAGUUACUGGUGCAGUUUGGUUCUUGGCCACACUCGGGCUACAAUUGACUGUUAAGAAAGCUAGGAAACCAAAAAUGUGGGGUGUGCCAUUGCUUCCUUGGUUGCCUUCGGCUUCCAUAGCAAUCAAUGUCUUCAUCAUGGGUUCAAUUGAUGGACCUUCAUUUCUCAGAUUCAUAGUUUGGACAGUAGUUUUGCUUAUCUACUAUUUGUUUGUGGCAUUACAUGCUUCGUAUGAUGCAGCUAAGGAGGCUGAAAGAGCCGCUGACUCAACUCAAGCAUCGAACAUCGAGGCAGGGGAGACCAAGACCCAGACCGAAGUUAGUUGAAUCCUUUUGAGAAAUGUUUCAAUGAAAGAUCAUAUUGCAUUCAGAAUUUUGUACGUCAAGAACUGUUAAUGAAUUAGCAUUCAAAA